AUGUUCGAGGACUUCUCCUUUUCCUCGCCUUCAUCACGGCCAGCCCGCUUGGCGCUUAACACAGAAGACCGGUUCAUGAUCGAUGGAGACAGCAACUUGAUCUCGCCGCUAUCAUCUCGCUGCCCAUCGCCGACAUCGCACCGAUUCCGCACGCUUUCACGCUCGCGAUCCUCAUACUUUCGCUCCCAGCAACAACCUCCAACCUCAGUGCCCUUUCCUUACGAAUCAAAGCGUCUCUCCAUCGCAACUCUCACACAGAAACUUCACGAACAUACCCUCCAAACCCCCAACGGCGAAUCCUUGCCUGACCGCACCCGCUUUGCCCAUGGGAGACGCUCCGGUCAGUACGCAGGUUAUGUCCUCACGCCACCAGACACAGAUCAUGACGACGACGGCCUCACUUCCUCGCCAUCUCUUUGCUCAAAUCCAAGUCCAACCUCUAUUCCGCCAGACUUCCCCUCGCUAGACUGGCCCGGUCCUGGUCCCGGUUCCGACCUCCCGCAACCAGACCUGCUCAGCAUCCGCAGCCAAAGACAGCAGAUCUCCCAAUUACAAUGUAACCAGGGAGAAGUCGAUGCUAUCCGCCGCGCAGCUGAUGAUUCAUACCGCUCUAUUCCCUGUGAGGACGAUUGCCACCCUAGCUCUUUACCGCCACGGCCCUCGCCACGACGGCGGGCUCUCACGCAGCACCGCAGUAGGUUCGGGCCUGCGGAGCCCCUGGAAGCGCGUGGGAGGCGGAAGAGUAGCUCGGGCGCUAUUCAGUCUCAUCGGAUUGAAAAGAGUCAUCAUCCUUUGUUUGCGGGGCGUGAUGCGUCGAAACGGAAUGAGCAGGGGCUGAGGCGGAAGAGUAUGGUUACUGCGGCGCUGGCGUCUGUAGUGGAGAGGCCUUGA